AUGGAGGGAGCAGGUGGUGGUAGGUGGAGAAUUGACCACUUAAGCGAACUACCCAAACUACAUUGUUUUCUGCUCUUCCCACUUUCCAAUUUCCUUAAUCUCGACGUCCCAAUCUUUAGACGCCAUUGUUUAAGCAUGAAAGCUGUAUCGCCGACUUCUACCCCCAGUCUGAAGCCGAUGUUGGGGUCUAGCCAGUCGGGAGCCCCGGCGACUGUGACUGCGACUGCGCGGAUGGCGCGAUCCAACCCAUUGGUACACUACGCACAGGGAUCUGACUCGUGCGGUGGUAAUCGUUCUGGAUGGCAGAGCUCCUGCGCUAUUCUAACAAGCAAGGUUGUUUCUCAGGAGCAAUCUGAAUCCUUAAAUGUGCCUCCAGUUUCCGGCGGAGUCAAUCAUGGGGCUGCCGUGAACGGCCAUAACAACGGGGCUCGAUUCCCAGGAAUGAAUCUCGUCCCGAUUGAGAAAUCUGAUAGCAAUCCGUUGGUCCCCCAGCAGCAUCAGAAGCCUCUCAGCAUGACGGAUCUCUCGCCAGCUCCGAUGCACGGAUCUAAUCUUCGCGUCGCGUAUCAAGGCGUUCCCGGCGCUUACUCUGAAGCAGCCGCUGGUAAGGCUUACCCGAACUGCCAAGCUGUGCCUUGCGAUCAAUUUGAGGUAGCCUUUCAAGCGGUGGAGCUUUGGAUCGCAGAUCGCGCUGUUUUACCGGUGGAGAACUCUCUCGGUGGUUCUAUCCACCGGAAUUACGAUCUGCUCCUCCGUCAUCGGCUCCACAUCGUCGGCGAAGUGCAGCUCCCUGUUCACCACUGUCUAUUGGCUCUUCCCGGCGUCCGCAAGGAGUUCCUCACACGCGUGAUCUCACACCCUCAAGGUCUUGCUCAGUGCGAGCACACGCUUACAAAGCUUGGACUCAACGUCGCACGUGAGGCCGUCGACGACACAGCAGGAGCCGCUGAGUUUAUCGCCACCAACAACCUCCGCGACACAGCCGCGAUUGCGAGCGCACGUGCUGGCGAGAUCUACGGGUUGGAGAUUUUGGAAGACGGGAUCCAGGACGACGCCAGUAACGUGACGCGUUUCGUGAUGCUGGCGCGUGAGCCAAUCAUACCUAGAACAGAUCGGCCGUUCAAGACGAGCAUCGUCUUCGCGCAUGAGAAAGGCACCAGCGUGCUUUUCAAGGUGCUCUCCGCUUUCGCCUUCAGGGACAUCAGCUUGACGAAGAUCGAAUCGAGGCCGAAUCACAACCGUCCGAUCAGGCUCGUCGAUGAUGCAAACGUUGGGACAGCGAAACAUUUCGAGUACAUGUUUUACAUCGAUUUCGAGGCCUCAAUGGCGGAGGCGCGUGCUCAGAAUGCGCUAGCGGAGGUUCAAGAGUUCACAUCGUUUUUGCGGGUGCUGGGGAGUUAUCCCAUGGAUAUGACACCUUGGUCACCAUCAUCCUCAACAUCACACACUUCUUCAUCGUAA